AUUCCAGCAAAGUCCGGACUCCCCGGGAUAACUUCAAUUUGCUUUUAUCGGAUGAAGAUCACUUUUCGCGGCCACCUUUAUUGCGCGCGCUGAAAAGAAGAAGAUCGCGCGCCGCAGCUGCAGGGAGGCAUUGAAGUGGAUUAUUAUUUUUGGGUUUUAUUAUUGUUGUUGUUGUUGUUGUUGUUGUUGUUGUUGUUGUUCCACUCCAUUCACUCGGGCACCAUCUGAAGAGGGCUCGUGUAUUUGCAAACAUUACGGGACGCGAAGAGGCAAAUGGGUAAGGCUGCAUCUUACUUACUGUGCGCGUCAUUAGUUUGGAGUUCACAAAGUAGCAAUUCCUCGCCGUGCGCAGGAGCUAUGCCAACGUUGCUUCGGAUGUCUAAUUGUGAAAUGGUGAAAUGACAGCAAGAUUACGUCGCGAGUGGAAAUGUUUCAGGAACGCCAUUUUUAACGAGCGAGACAGUUGGAGGUGGUGUAAAAUCAGUGCCCUCGCCGCACUGUUGUCGCAUGUUUUCUGACUGCAACUAAUUUGCAGUCGAAAGGAUGUGGCUUGCAAUUCGUUGCUCAAGUGCCCUGUGCCUGUGUGUGCGUGCGUGCGUGCGUGCGUGCGUGCGUGGAGCAGAGCAAACCUACGGAGAGGUCAACCAACUGGGCGGCGUGUUCGUCAACGGAAGACCCCUGCCCAACGCCAUUCGGCUGAGAAUAGUGGAGCUGGCCCAGCUGGGGAUCAGACCCUGCGACAUCAGCCGGCAGCUGCGCGUCUCGCACGGCUGCGUCAGCAAGAUCCUGGCGCGGUACAACGAGACCGGCUCCAUUUUACCGGGCGCCAUCGGCGGGAGCAAGCCUCGCGUCACGACGCCCAACGUGGUGAAAAACAUCAGGGAAUACAAACAGAACGACCCCGGGAUCUUCGCGUGGGAGAUCCGAGACAGACUCUUAGCGGACGGGGUCUGCGAUAAGUACAACGUGCCCUCGGUGAGCUCCAUCAGCAGGAUUUUACGCAACAAGAUCGGGAAUCUGUCCCAGCCCAACCAGUACGAGGGCGGCAAGCAAGCCCCCGCGCAGGCCGGCCUCCCUUACAACCACAUUUACCCUUACUCCUACUCCAACGCCAUGUCCCCCGCCGCCGCCGCCAAAAUGGGCUCGGCUCCCGGGGUUCCGGUGACGGCGGCACAUGUCAGCAUCGCCAGGGCCUGGCCCUCCGCGCACACCGUCAGCAACAUCCUCGGGAUUCGAGCCUUCAUGGACCCCGCAGCCCUUGCUGGGACAGAGGGAUAUCCGACCAAAAUGGAGGAGUGGGGCAGCGUCAAUAGAGCAGCUUUCCCCGCAGCUCACUCGGUCAACGGCAUCGACAAAUCAGCCAUUGAUGCUGACAUCAAAUACGCACAGCCCUCCUCCACACUGUCCAGCUAUGUCUCGGCGUGUGCGUACUCCCCGACAAACCAGUACGGCGUGUACAGCGGCCCAGCGGGCGGCUACGUGGCCCCGGGUCACCACCACUGGCAGCCGCAGAGCCCGGCCCUGUCCCACCCGGGGAGCGGGAUGAGCAUGCACGCGGGGGAGAUCCACUCUCCCAUGGCCUUCAAGCACCACUCCCGAGAAGGAGAAAGAAAACCUCCCAGUCCGCUGAGCAAGCAGCAGCAGCAUGAAGACUUGAACUGUGUGCAUGGACUCAGUCUCCCUACCUCGUCAUCAUAACCGGGACUUUUAGCCGCGGCUUCCCUUCCUAAGCAGACUUAACUGAACUCAUUUCAACUCCAGUAAGUGUGAAGCCAAUCAAACACGGGCCUCUCUUCGCGUUGUGGAUGCAGUCGAGCCUAAACAGGCGUUCAGGCCUUAUGAAUGUAAACUUGCAUGGAUGCAGCGGUGCUCCCCAAAAUACAAAUAUUUUGUCAUUAAAAAAAAUAUAUAAGUUC